AUGUUCAGCGUGACUAGCGUCGAGAGCCCAGCCACGACAAAGUCAGUGGAUCUCGAAGAACGAAUACGGGCAAGCUACCGACCUAAGAAGCCGAAAAACAAGGAGGAGUAUGAUAAGAAACAGAAAAAGGACCGAGCACAGGCGAUCCUCAGCAACUACCAGAUUAUGAUGAGUUACGCUCUCGCGAAUGAUAAAUCUCUACCUCAGACUCGUGCAUACUUUCAAAAGGUGGCUCUUGGGAUACCGACGGAGCCAAUCAUUAAGAAUUGGUUUACUUCAGGUUCUUGA